AUGGCCCGACUCACCGGCACCUGGAGGCUCAUCGCCUCGACCCCGCGUCUGCAACGGUCCUCGCAAGCUCUGUCAGUCUUUGGCACACGGGCCUACAUUUUCGGCGGCGAAUUGCAGCCCCGCCAGCCCAUCGACAAUCAGGUCGAUGUGGUAGAGCUCCAAAGUAGCGACUCAUCAAAAGCCACAUCAACACUCGCUACGGCUUCCGACGCGCCCUCGCCGAGGGUAGGCUCGCCCAGCGCAGUUGCGCGAGACGGCCUCUACAUCUUCUCCGGGCGUGGCGGCGUGGCGAUGGCCCCUGUGGAGGAGUGCGGUGCUCUCUGGCGCUUUGAUCGCCAAAGCCAGUCAUGGGAGUGCCUCAAGCCGGCAGAUAGCAGCGCGUCGUGUCCCGCAGGACGCAGCUACCACUGCCUGACGUCCGACUCGCUUGAUACGAUCUAUGUUCACGCCGGCUGCCCCGAGAAGGGCAGACUCGCAGAUCUAUGGUCGUUCGACCUCGAGUCUCGUGUUUGGACGGAGCUGCCUGCUGCUCCCGCCCCUGCUCGCGGCGGUGCAUCCAUCGCCUGGGCUGACGACAAGGUGUACCGCAUGAAUGGCUUCGAUGGGUCUACGGAGCAGGGAGGUGCCGUCGAUGUCUACGACACAGCAUCGCAGGCCUGGAGCACUAUCGUCUUCAAGCCGGAUGGUGUCGAAGGGCCGGAACCGCGCAGCGUGUCGGCUCUGAUGGUUGUCAAGAUUCAGCGUAAGAAUUACCUCGUCACCUUGUUCGGCGAGCAUGAUCCCAGCUCUCUCGGACAUGCCGGUGCGGGAAAGAUGCUCGCUGAUGUCUGGGCCUUUGACAUUGACGGGAAGGCUUGGACCAAGGUCGAGUUCGCGGGAGAGUCUCCUGCGCCUCGCGGGUGGUUCGAUGCUGAUGUUGCAAGCAUAGUUGGAGAGAAUGAUAGAGUCAUUGUGCAUGGUGGACUUGCGGAGGAUAAUUCUCGAUUGGGUGAUCAGGUCGAAAGAAUGGCGAGCGAAUCUCAAUCCGGCACCUCCGGACCCGGAACCGGAGCUACAGAGUGCCAAGACCAGCUCGAUGUCCACCGGCCUGGGCCGACUCAUCAUCAUGUUUCACGGAGCGCAUCGCCCCCGGUUCUGACAAGUGACGGCGAUCUAGUACGCUACGAGGCUGAGCCAUCCAUGAUAUUGAACCCAGAGUCCGAGCACCCCCUCAACUUCCACGACACCGUGCCCCGCGCCGUCGAGAUCCGCCUCUACGUCUCGCACUUCCUGUCCACCUGGAACUCGCGCCUGUUCGAGUUCGCCGCCGUCCUGUUCCUCGCCUCCAUCUACCCGCACACCCUGCUGCCACUAUCUGUCUACGCCCUCGUGCGCAAUGCCGCCGCCAUCCUCCUUGCGCAGUCCGUGGGCUCGCUCAUUGACCAUGCGCACCGCCUUGCCGUUGUCCGCGCCUCGAUCAUUGGGCAGCGACUAGCCGUAGCUGGAAGCUGUGCGCUGUUCUGGGCCAUGGAGGAGAAGAGGGUGCAGAGCCGAGCGAUGAAUGGGCUAUUCGCGCUGUCGGUGGUCCUGGCUUGCGUGGAGAAGCUUUGCUCGUUGAUGAAUCUUGUGGCCGUAGAGAGGGACUGGGUUGUUGUGAUUACCGAGGGUGACGAGACAGCUCGUCGGGUUUUGAAUGCCCGCAUCCGCCGCAUCGACCUCUUUUGCAAAUUGAUCGGCCCUCUCUUCAUCUCGACAGUCAUGAUUUCGUCCACGUCAAUCGCCAUAUGGACCACGCUUGCUAUGAAUCUCUUGUCAGUCUUUGUAGAGAUGGUCAGCAUUGGACAGGUCUUCAAAAGAGUGCCAGCACUGAGCCUCAGAGGCGAUCUUGUGGAUCGGCAAGACCAAGCAACAACUGAUAGACCACCCUCUGGAAUCAGCUCUGUCUUGAAGUCCUGGACAUACCGUAUCCUGCCCAUUUCAUCCCUUCCCUUCUACUUCCGCCACCCUGCCUUCCUGCCUUCCUUCGCUCUCGCUCUGCUUUACUUCACUGUGCUGUCUUUCUCGGGCCAGAUGAUCACAUAUCUCAUCUCUGUCGGCUACACGUCAUUACACGUGGGAAUUGCCCGGACAGUCAGCACAAUCCUCGAGCUCAGUGCCACAUGGGUCGCACCAUAUCUCAUGAAGAAGAUCGGGACCAUUCGCGGCGGCAUUUGGAGCAUAUCGUGGCAAGCAGCCUGGCUUGGGGGAGCUCUUGCCUUCUUCUUCGCUGGCGACCAUACGUUAGGCACCUACGGCCUUGCGCCCGCCACUGGGCUCGCCGUUGGGGUGGCCUUGAGCCGUGUCGGGCUAUGGGGCUACGACCUUUGUGCGCAGAACAUCAUCCAGGAUGAGGUGGAAGCACAGUUCAGGGGCACGUUCUCGACUGUCGAAGCAUCUUUCCAGAAUCUCUUCGAGCUUCUGUCCUAUGCCUCGACCAUCAUCUUCUCUCGCCCAGACCAGUUCCGCUGGCCAGUCAUUAUCAGCGUGGUCGCCGUCUAUGCUGCCGGUGGCCUCUACACAGCCUUCGUCCGCAAGCGACGCGGGCACCUUCUCCACAUGCCUCCCUGUCUUAACAGCGAAAAGAUUACCUUGAGACAAGACAGAGCUUAG